GAAACGGAGCAUGCUGAGAUCGUCAUUAUUACGUUUGUUAACGACGGAUCAAGACGCUCUGUGUUAAAAUAAAACGUAUAAGUAACGUAUUAUUUUUAAAAAAAUAAAUAUGUCAGAAGAAGAAGCUAACGAGAUGUUUCAUCCCAUUCGUCCUAGACGAAAAUUUACAAAAGAACAGCAAAUGCUAGGUAUGUGGGCUGAUGACAGUGACGAGGAAGAGCAAUUAUCAAAACUUCCGACGAGAGGAUUCAGUAAGGGACCUAAAAAUUACACGGCGCCAGUUAAUUUUGUAGCGGGUGGUAUUCAGCAAGCUGGCAAAACAAGUGAAGAUAAAAAGAAGGACAAAGAUAAAAAUAACGAAGAAGAUGACGAUGAUCAAGACGUAUCGAAUACUUCAAGUGACUCAGAGGAAGAAGCACCUUUACGGCCGUCUUUCUCGAUUAACGCUGAUGCAGUGGGUGGAAUCGCCGGGUUGAGAAAAAAACGCGCACCAGUAAAUCCGUCUUUAAUGAGAACUGGAGUAGGCAACUGGGAAGUGCACACCAAAGGUAUUGGAGCCAAACUGCUGCUCCAAAUGGGUUUCGAGCCUGGUAAAGGGUUGGGUAAAUCUUUACAAGGUAUCAGUGCUCCAGUGGAAGCACAAGUACGACGUGGACGUGGUGCCAUUGGUGCUUAUGGCCCCGAAAAGUUGGCAAAAGUCCCGCAAGAGAAGAAGGACGAGGAUGCGGAGAAGACGAAGGAGUUUAAGGCCAAGUUGUCACAGUGGCGAAAGACUGAUGGGGUACCAAGUAAGAAGAAGACCAAGUACUCGUACAAAAGUGUCGAUCAAGUUCUAGAGGAUGGAAAGUUGAGGCCAAAAAUAAACACUUCAAGUAGUGACAUGAGUCGUGUUAAAGUUAUUGACAUGACGGGUCCAGAGCAGAGAGUACUGAGCGGUUAUCAUGCUAUCGCUGGUCAACAUCGACCUGAUGACCUCAUUCUGGGAACUGACAAAAAACCUCUUACAAACUUUGCACUACCAGAGCUGCUGCACAAUUUGAAUUUGAUUGUUGACAUGUGCGAGCAAGAUAUCAUACAGAAUGACAGAAAAACUAGACAUUUGAGAGAUAAACUGGUUGAUCUUGAAGCUGAGCUGAAGACCAUGGCGAAAAUAAUUGAUCAGGAUGACCAGUCGAUCAAUACCUUGAAUAGAGCCACAGCAAUAGUUGAGAACUUGGUGAUUAAUGAUAAAGAUAUGAGUUUGGAAGAAACGGCGGAAGGUUUUAAAAAAUUACAGGACGACUACUACGAUGUUUAUAAGACAUAUGAGCUUGGAGAACUCGCUAGCAGUCUGGUUGCGCCGAAAUUCAAGAGUUGUUUAGCUAGUUGGAACCCGCUGCUGGAGCCAAUACGAUAUUUAAAGGAAAUGAAAGAGUGGAAAGACAUCCUGAGCAUUGGCAAUAAUGUUAUACAAGCCAGGACUUCAAUGAGUCCAUAUGAUCAGCUGAUUUGGAAUGCAUGGAUGCCGUCUGUUCGCGGAGCAGUUCAACAGUGGACAUGUCGACAACCCGACCCGCUUAUUGAAUUGAUCGAAAAUUGGAUGCAUUUGAUACCCAGCUGGAUUAUGGACAAUAUACUGGAGAUACUGGUGCUUAAUAAACUUACACUAGAAGUUGAAGAGUGGAAUCCCUUGACCGACACUGUGCCCAUUCAUACCUGGAUCCAUCCCUGGCUACCACUGAUGGGUAAUCGUAUGGAUACUUUAAUAUAUCCAAUAAUUAGACGUAAACUUGGAUCAGCGCUAGGAGGUUGGCAUCCUUCUGAUAGAUCAGCAAGACUUAUGUUAGAACCCUGGUCUCAAGUAUUCACUAAAGGCGAAAUGGAAGCUUUUCUAGUCAAAAACAUCCUGCCAAAGCUACAGAUUGCAUUGUCUGAGUUUAUCAUCAAUCCUCACUCGCAGCAUUUGGAUAAUUGGAAUUGGGUUUAUGAUUGGGUAGCCAUGCUACCGGUUCACACGAUGGUCGGGCUGCUAGACAAGUUUUUCUUCCCUAAAUGGCUGCAAGUAUUGGCGCUGUGGCUCAAUCAUUCUCCAAAUUAUGACCAGAUAACGCACUGGUACAUGGGAUGGAAGAAAAUGCUGAACGACAGACUCUUGGCUGAACCAGUCAUCCAAGACCAUUUCAAGAAGGCGCUGGAUAUGAUGAAUCGAGCUGUAUCAACUCCUCAAGGCCUUCAACCUGGUGCCGUUGAGCAAGUUUCUUAUUUAACGAGUCUUGAAAGAACGCAGCCAGUUCCUCAGAUCCCUGCUUCGGCCCAACCACGUAUUGAGAGACUCGCCGAAGCUGUACGUACCGCUUCGCAGAUACCUCAUGGCUUCAAAGAUCUUGUGCAGAAGAAGUGCGAAGAACGCGGGAUUCUGUUCAUGCCGAUGGCGAACCGAUAUCGCGAAGCUAAACAAGUCUACAAAGUUGGCAACGUACAGGCCUACAUCGAUGGCAGCGUUCUUUUCGUCAACCACAAAGCGUCUAAUUGGGUUCCAACUCAUCUCAACGCCCUACUAGACAUGGCAGAGCUCUAAUCAAUGAUAGGAAAUUUUUAAUUAGAAAUACUUGUCAUUUUUUAUAGACAAAUUGUUGUUAUUUAGUUUAUAAUUUUGUCUGGAAAACGGUUGAUUGUAGGCCAACUCCAUAACUUAUUGUUUUCAUGUCUACAGUUAUCAUUUAUUUAUCAUUAUUUUUUUUUGUAAGAUUAAUUAAAUAUAAUAGACAUUUACCUAUUCAAAAAUAAUAAAA